GCAAGAGGGGCCAGGGCUGUUGAGGACUUUAUGAGCCACUUUAUUGGGCUGAGCCAUCUUUGGCAGCAUCCCACACAGAACAGAAGCUGUCACCAAACACCUGCAGUCAAAAUAGCUGUAUUUUCUUGUUUUAUAUAAAACACAAAGCAUACACAUAAUGUUUUUCAAUCCAUUUAUGUUUAAAAGGGCACCGUCGAUUCAGUCUGAAGUUGCUUUUACAUAAAUCAUGUAAACAGAGACCCAAGCCUAGAGUCACUGAGAUAUCAUUAGCUGGGGAAUGCAUUCCCAAGUAGCUUUUGUACACCAAAUGCAGUCUGAAGAAAAGGGAUUGUUAACAAUUUUUUUUUCAGUCAGGCACCCACACCCUCCCUGGUAUUGCCUUCUGCACUCAGCCAACCCCAGUAUUUGCUAUGUACCAAGUUAUUUGCAAAAUUAUGUGUUUGAUGUAUGUACAUAUCCAUUAUUCUAGGAGCUGGUUCCCUGCAUGCAGGUGUCCAAAGGGAAGCACAAGGAUCAUGCACUUGCUGACCAUACAAGGUCCAGCAAGUGUUCCACUCUCCAUGGAGAGUGCUGUGAAUGACCAUGCAGGUUGGUGAAACUUGACUGCCCCCUCCAAGAGCUGGAGGUGUCAAUCCACUCCAGUCUCCAAGGGCAAGAGCUUUUUUCAUGAGUCUUCUAAAUGUAGGGCACCAAGACAUGCAGUGGGCGUGUGGGGUGGGCUGUCCAGUUUGGACUCUCAGGGCCACUUCCUGUGUCUUCCACCCAAGCAAAGGGCCUCUGACACCACAUGCUGUGGCAAUCAAGGGCACCAAAACCUUAGUGAACACCUGAGGGAGAAACAGGAGGAGCCUAGGAAAUGCUGCUCGGCCAUCCCCACAACUAAUUGUGCUACACCAGGCCCACUCUGCUCCAUUUACUGCCCUUCUACCACCUGUGAGUUACUUGAGUUACUUUGUACUUCUCUAGAGAUUUCAUGUUGUACUUCUCCCUGCAGACUUUUUUUUUUUUUUUACUCAAACUGUAACAAUUUUGGUCUGGUUGCCCAGCUCUCACCUCGGCAGCAGUGGUCAAUCACUGACUUGCAAAAAGCUCCAAAGACAGCUCCUCAGGUGGGAGGAUGGCUGGCAGGACUUACCCUCUGAAACUUACACACACCAAAAAUAACAACUAGCAUAUCAGCAGAAUGAUUAAGAGAAAAAUGCUUUCAUUUCAGUGCCCUUAACAGAAAUAUCUAUUAUUCAACUGUUUGCUCAGGAGUAAACAGAAUAAAACCAAAUGCAACUUGUUAGAAUGACAAGUUUUCCCUCUAUCUUUCACUCCUACAAUCUUAUUUUGUGCACAACCCCUUCAUGGCCAGCAUUUACAUUUUAAUGAUUUAUUAUACCACAAUGUUGUAACACAGACACAUGUCCGAGGCAGCCCCAUGGAUGGGAACAGACCCUACUGCCAUCCUAUAGCAGACAGCUUUGUUCUAGUGACAUGGAUAGAGGUUGUCUUACACUAAACAGCUUAUUUAUAUCACAGAAAGUACAAUUUUUACAGUGCUUCACACCUUUUAAAAAGAACAGUCUUGUAUUUAAUAUUCUUCAGUCAGUAAUCAUUGAUGUUGGCACAGACAAAUCAUCAAACAAAAUGCACAGCUCUUGCUUAGAUUGACUUGGUGUGGUGGGACAAACAUAAUUUCUGUCUAUUUGUGGUCAGUGGGAAGUUAAAUCGUCUGUAUGAGAUAAAGAUGUUUUAGUGCUCAGGAGUCCUCCUCCUGCACAGGUUUGGGAGAGGGGAGUCACAGCAUCUGCAAACCCAGGACAAAAUUCAGCAUUGGCACGUGUCUUUCCAGGACUGGAAUUCUAAAAUUCACUUCUUUCUGAUAAUCUUUUCUAGCAGUUCCCUUCACAAGGAGGCAGCUGAAGUUUUGCUUUGUUUUUGCCACAGGAAAGGACUUGAACAGUUCAAAAAGAGAGAUGGCUAGGUGUGUUUCUUUUUUUUUUUUUUUUUUUUUCUUUUAAUGUACAACCUCUAUUAAUAGGUUUUGUUACUUUUAGUUUUCAAAGUUCAAAAAUAUAAACUCUCUAAAGUGCAUAACUGUACUUACAUUUCAUAGAAGCUAUCUGAAAUUCUAGCAAUAUACCAUGUAAACAGCAGUAACUAAGCAUCAGAAAAUGCUACAAUCUCAUCAGUUUAAAAAUAAAAUGUACUGUUCCCUGGAUAUCGUUUAUCAAGAUUUGUCAGGGAAAAACCCCAGCUGGUGGGGGUGUCUUAGGUUGCAAUGCAAGAUGUAACCAAAAGUGUUCUGUUACCAACUGUUAAAACCAGGUGGGGCAGUUUUCUUUAUCUCUUCCACCACCAGUCCUCCCUCCAGGCGAUUAUUUUCUGAUAAUGGGCCAUUGAGUCUUACAGGUGACUGAUAAAUCACAUCCUCCCAUUGUGAGAUGCUCCGCCCAGGGCGGGGAGCCAAGCAUUCCUGCCUGGAUAAAAUCUGGUAGUUGGAGCACUACAAGCAGCCUUUUUCCACUGGAUCCCCAGAGGAAGACCAGGUCUAUCUACACCACCACUGGACCUUCAGAGGAAAACAACACCCUUCUACGGGGUCACUGCUUCAACAGAAGCACAUCUGCCACUCCAGGACUGCAGCCACCAUUCCAAUUGGACUGCUACCAACACCCUGACCCACAGGGUGCCAGGUCGUAUUCUGACUCUGUCAGUGGUUUUGUACUACUACAUUUUAUUUUAAUUUUCCUAGUAAAUUGUAGCUCUGACUUGGGGUCUCCCACUGGUUUGCUUUCAAACUAUCAUGGGGGAUAUCACAGGUGUAGGAAACAUUAACGACUGGGUUCUUAAGAACAACAGGGUCCUUAAGAAAAACAAAAGCCUUGGCCAUGCUUAGGGGAGGAGGGCAUCUGGUUGAAAUUCUGUUAUGUUUCUCUCUGAGGGGCAGAGACACCGUGAGAUUCGGGCAGGUAAAAGACAGGGCUGGGGCAGUUGCUAGCUCUGGGUUUUGGAGGAUGGUUGGAGCUGCUGGUUGGGGAAGGGAAUUAGCUCUUGCUGCUGCUUCCGCUGCUGCUUUCCCAGCUGCCUCCCCCAGCUCUGCUCUGCUCCCUGCUCUGGUCCCACUUCAGUCUCAUCUCACUUCCACCAUCAUGAACAAGAAGCAGCCAUUCCUGGGCGUGCCCACGCUGCUGGGCUACCUGCCAGGGCUGGGCUGCGGAGCCAUGGGUUUCACCACCCGCUCUGAUAUCGGCCCUGCCCAUGAUGCCAAUGACCCUGUGGACAACCGGCACGCCCCGCUGGGCAAGAGAAUUGUGGGAGACCAGAUGAGGAAGUACCAGAAGACAGAUGAUGAUCAUGGGGAUUUGAAUGACACCAACUAUGAUGAGUUCAAUGGCUAUGCUGGGAGCCUGUUCUCAAGUGGCCCCUACGAAAAAGAUGAUGAAGAAGCAGAUGCUAUUUAUGCAGCUUCGGGGAUGCAUAAGAGGAUGGAUGAACGCAGGAAAGAAAGGAGGGAACAACGAGAUAAAGAAGAAAUAGAAAAGUACUGUAUGGAACGACCCAAAAUUCAACAGCAGUUCUCAGAGUUGAAACGGAAAUUAGCGGAGGUUACUGAGGAAGAGUGGCUGAGUAUUCCCGAGGUUGGGGAUGCCAGGAACAAGCAGCAGAGGAAUCCUCGUUAUGAGAAGCUGACUCCUGUCCCCGACAGCUUCUUUGCAAAGCAUUUGCAGUCAGGGGAGAAUCACACUUCUGUGGACCCACGCCAGACACAAUUUGGUGGACUGAAUACUCCGUAUCCAGGGGGUUUGAAUACUCCAUACCCAGGAAGAAUGACACCAGGCUUGAUGACACCUGGGACAAGUGAAUUGGAUAUGAGGAAGACUGGCCAAGCCAGGAACACCUUGAUGGAUAUGAGGCUAAGCCAGGUGUCAGACUCUGUGAGUGGCCAGACUGUAGUGGACCCAAAAGGAUAUUUGAGAGACUUGAAUUCUAUGAUUCCCACAAACGGAGGAGAUAUCAGUGAUAUAAAAAAAGCCUGUUUGCUCCUGAAAUCUGUCAGAGAGACCAAUUUUCAUCAUCCACCAGCCUGGAUAGCAUCAGCCCAACUGGAGGUCACUGGCAAUCUCCGGGUUGCUCGAAACCUCAUCAUGAAAGGAACAGAGAUGUGUCCUAAGAGUGAAGAUGUUUGGUUGGAAGCUGCUCAGCUUCAGCCAGGAGACACAGCCAAGGCUGUUGUGGCCCAGGCUGUGUGGCACCUGCCACAGUCUGUGUGGAUCUAUAUCAGAGCAGCAGAACUGGAGACAGACAUCUGUGCCAAGAAACGUGUCCUUAGGAAAGCCCUUGAACAUGCUCCACACUUGGUGGGUUUGUGGAAAGCAGCUGUGGAGCUGGAGGAACCUGAGGAUGCCAGGAUCAUGCUGAGCCGGGCUGUUGAGUGCUGUCCAACCAGUGUUGAACUGUGGCUGGCACUGGCAAGACUGGAGACAUAUGAGAAUGCUCAUAAAGUCCUUAACAAAGCCCGUGAGAGUAUCCCAACGGAUCGUCACAUCUGGAUUACUGCUGCCAAACUGGAGGAAGCCAGUGGAAAUACCCAGAUGGUGGAGAAAAUAAUUGACAGAGCCAUCACAUCUCUUAGGGCUAGCGGUGUGGAAAUCAACAGGGAGCAGUGGAUACAGGAUGCCGAGGAAUGUGAUAAAGCUGGAAGUGUGGCCACAUGCCAGGCAAUCAUGAGAGCUGUGAUUGCGAUUGGGAUCGAGGUAGAAGAUCAGAAACACACCUGGAUGGAAGAUGCAGACAGUUGUGUUGCUCAUAAUGCCCUGGAGUGUGCCCGAGCUGUUUAUGCCUAUGCCUUGCAAGUCUUCCCGAGCAAGAAGAGUGUGUGGCUGCGAGCGGCCUACUUUGAAAAGAACCAUGGAACCAGGGAAUCCUUGGAGGCUAUUUUGCAGAGAGCUGUUGCUCACUGUCCCAAAGCAGAGGUGCUGUGGCUCAUGGGAGCCAAAUCCAAGUGGCUGGCGGGAGAUGUGCCAGCAGCCAGAAGCAUCUUGGCCCUGGCUUUCCAGGAUGACCCCAACAGGGAGGAGAUCUGGCUGGCUGCUGGGAAGCUCGAGUCGGAGAACAGUGUGAGGAGGCUGCUGGCAAAGGCUCGCAGCAGUGCCCCCACAGCAAGGGUCUUCAUGAAGUCUGUGAAGCUGGAAUGGGUGCUUGGGAAUAUUGCUGCAGCCCAGGAGCUCUAUGAGGAAGCCCUGAAGCACUAUGAGGGCUUCUCCAAACCGUGGAUGAUGAAAGGACGAAUUGAAGAACAAAAAGAGCUGGUAGAGAAAGCACGGGAGUCUUAUAAUCAAGGGUUGAAAAAGUGCCCCCAUUCCAUACCCCUGUGGCUUUUGCUGUCCAGGCUGGAGGAGAAAGUUGGGCAGCUGACUAGAGCAAGAGCCGUCUUGAAGUCUCGCCUGAAGAAUCCAAAGAAUCCAGACCUCUGGUUGGAAUUUGUAUGCUUGGAGUACCGAGUUGGUCUGAAGAACAUUGCUAACAGUCUGAUGGCCAAGGCACUGCAAGGGUGCCUCAAUUCAGGAAUCCUGUGGUCAGAAGCAAUUUUCCUUGAAGCGCGACCACAAUGAAAGACCAAGAUUGUGGAGGCUCUCAAGAAGUGUGAACAUGACCCAUAUGUCCUGCUGGCUGUGGCCAAGCUGUUCUGGAGCGAGCGUAAAAUAACCAAGGCCAGAGAGUGGUUCCACCGCACAGUGAAGACAGACUCUGACCUGGGGGAUGCCCGGGCCUUCUUUUACAAAUUUGAGCUCCAGCACAGCACAAGGGAACAAGAGGUGAGGAAGCGCUGUGAGAAUGCUGAACCUCACCAUAGAGAGCUCUGGUGUGGUGUCUCCAAGGCCAUAGAGAACUGGCAGAAAAUGAUUGGAGAUCUUGUGCUUGUGACAGCCAAGCUGAAAAAUACAUUCUAGAGUGUGCUGGCCUCAGCUGCCUCAGCGGUCUCUGUAGGACUUAACCUGCCCUUUCAGUGACACAGAUUUUGAAGGACAGUGUUGGGGGUUAGGUUUCUUUCCUUCCAUUCCUUUUUACUUACAGAAUUCUUUCCCAUAAGUUGCUAGGAAACAUUAACGACUGGGUACUUAAGAAAAACAAAAGAAGUGGCCAAGCUCAGGGGCGAAGGGCAUCUGUUGCAUUUCUCUUAUCUGGAAGUUUCUCUCCAAGGGGAAAAGUGGGCAGGUAAAGGACAGGGCUGGGGCAGUUGCUGGCUCUCUCUCUCUCUUUUCGCUUUGGAGAAGGAUGGUCGGAGCUGUUGCUUGGGGGAAGGAAUUUGCUACUGCUGCCAGAGCCCAACCCAGAGCUACUUCUUCUGCCAUGGGGUGAGCCUCUGCUUGUGAGAGCAGCCACUGAACUGGGACCUUAUGAACACCCACCUCACUUAGAGAGGGACCUAUCCUCAUCUCCUCGGGUGCCUGGGAUCCUGAGCUCACCCCUCUCUGCCCUGCUGGAAGCCAAGCUCCUCUGUCCCACCCUUGCUGCUUCUUUGGCACUGCUCCAAGCUUUCACUGCACUCCCUGCCUGCCAAGACAUCCCGCGGUUCUAGCCACAGCUCUGGAAUAGCUUCUGAUACAUCUCCUCUACCACCCCAGGAUUUUUGCUCAUUCCUGCUGUCCCAGCUCGCUGCUUCUGAGAGUCCUGCUGGAGCACUGGGUUCACCUGCCCCGGGGGUUUCUGAAGGCUUCCCUUCAAAGCACUUUUUGAUCCGAUCUGUCUGCCCAGUUAACACACCCCAAGGAUCAGAGCAGAUCCCAUCUCAGGAGAUGGGAACUCAGCAUCUCCGAAAAGCCAAGCCCUAGGUCAGCACACAAGUCCUCAGCACUGUUUCAAAAUACUAAAUUCAGUCUUUGCUGGUUUUAUAUGGAACUGGCAAUUCUGCAAUUAAUAAAAAACCAAACCAAGCUGUGAGUGCCCAUCCCAAGUGCUUUCACUAACACACCUCUGCCUUACCCCAUGUCCUGGGGUGACUUUAUGAUGCUUGGAUCCCCAGUCAUCUGUUCUGUUUAUGCUGGAUAUUAAGUUCUACACCUUUGAGGCUGGUUCUGAGAGCAAAGGGGGCAGCAGAAGAAGGGCACAGUUUGUUAUCAGAAACUGCAGUGGCUCCUCCCGCAUCCUGCUCCUGGACUGUGCUGUCUGCAGACAGACAAGGGACAGAGCUCUCUUUUGUUUUUUAGUUAGUUUUUAGCUAGCGGAGGCAGAGAAGUUCCCUGGACUGUGGCUUUUCCUUUUCUUGGAACUCUUCAAAACUGCUUUGGACCAAUAUCUCAGAAAAACACCGGGAGUUCAUGCCUGUGGCCCACAGGGGCUGGGACGCUGCAUUCCAGUGCCAGAGGGACUGAGAGACACGCAGCGAGCUGAGCUACACCCCACAAAAAUGACUUUCUGAAUUUGCCGUCACUUCAGAACAACAAGAGGUUUUAUUGUUUGGUAUCGUUCAUUGUUCAUUUUUCAUGUUUGUUGAUGCCUUGCUUGUUAAAUAAACAGUUUUUUUCCACUUUUCUCCAAGGA